GGAAGUCCAUUAGGCCCAAAAGCCCAUAAACAUCAUUUCUCGCUGUUGUAUAAAAAACGUAAAAGAAAACCCUAGGGGUCUCUUUCUCUUCUCCGUCUCUUUGCUUCUCCUCCGUCACUGAGCGACCUGCCUCCCGAGCUGCCAAUCUAAGAAGAGGCUUGAGCUUAAGGAGAAAAUGGUGAGAAUCAGUGUGCUCAACGAUGCUCUCAAGAGCAUGUUCAAUGCCGAGAAACGUGGCAAGAGGCAAGUCAUGAUCAGGCCUUCCUCAAAAGUCAUCAUCAAGUUUCUCAUCGUCAUGCAGAAGCACGGUUACAUUGGUGAGUUUGAGUAUGUCGAUGACCACCGAUCUGGCAAAAUCGUUGUGGAAUUGAACGGGAGGUUGAACAAGUGUGGUGUUAUCAGUCCUCGUUUUGAUGUUGGUGUUAAGGAGAUUGAAAGUUGGACUGCUCGUUUGCUUCCCUCCCGACAGUUCGGUUACAUCGUGUUGACUACUUCAGCUGGGAUUAUGGACCAUGAAGAAGCGAGGAGAAAGAAUGUCGGAGGCAAGGUCCUCGGUUUCUUCUAUUGAAGUUCUCUCUAUGGGGGACAAGAGACUUUUCAUUCUAUUAUGUUUAACUAUUGUUAUCAAUUUGUCUUUUGAAUUUUUGUGGCAACUCUGUUGGAUAGUUCUGAAAUUACUCCCUUUU